AUGGUCAAAUCACUCCUCCUAGCCAUCUACGCCACGACUGGUACCCAAGCCCUCUGGCUAGCUGCCGUAAACAUGGAUUACGGCUCAGCUGUCGGCACUGCGAUAUUUAGUUCCCCGUAUUGCCAAGUCGGUAAGGGCAAUACUGAAGCAGAAGCCCUCUCCAAAGCCAGCAACACCGUAGGUGGCACUGCAAUCAUUGCUGGUGGUCACUGCGAUCAGCUUCCGUACCAACAUACCAACCAGCUUGGCGGAUUCUGGGACGAUUACGGAACGAUCAAUUAUGAGGAUGACAACUGGCAUUG